AUGACUCAAUGGGAUCACUGUGUUACAUUUCCGAGAUUGAAUAUUGCACAGAGGGAGGAAUUAAAUCCACAGCUGGCUGAUCCAUUGUUUCAUUCAUCAGGACCGAUAGACAUGCUGAUAGGCGGUGGCGUCUUUUUCAACAUACUGGAAACUAGGCAUAUUCGUUUGGGCACAGGCUCGCUGUGUUUGCAAGAUACCAAAUUUGGUUGGGUCAUUACCGGAGAGGUUGGAGCAAUAUGCCUGUUAAACGUUAAAUCUGUCGGCCAGUCACUAGAAGAUGGAAUGAUAACCAUAGAAAACAGCAAAAACGUUAAUUCCAAUGAUUUGUCUAAUACGAAUAAGAGGAGUCUGGAAGAAAGGGAAGCAGCAAGACACUUUCAAGAAACUGCAAAACACGACCAAGAUGGUAGAUUCGUGCUACGGUUACAAUUAAAAGCUGAAGUUACGAAUUUAGGAGAUUCUCUGAGGAUGGCAACAUCAAGAUUUUUAAGCGUGGAACGUAGACUACAACAGGAUUAA